AUGUACAGCUAUGAGAUUGAUGGAGUUGCUAUUAAAAUUCCAAUCAUCUGUGUUGUGCUAGAGGGAGGACCAGGCACACUUGAUACAAUCUACAAUGCUAUCUGCAACAACACUCCAUGUGUCAUUGUAGAGGGAUCUGGAAGAGUAGCUGAUGUCAUUGCUCAAGUUGCACAACUUCCUAUUUCAAAAAUCACAAUCUCUUUGGUCCAGGAAAAACUACACACUCUUUUCCAUGACACCUUUGAUACAUUUACUGAACAUAUGAUUGUUGAAUGGACAAAAAAGAUACAAGACAUUAUGAGGCACAGCCAGUUACUUACCAUAUUUCAAGCAGACAAGGACGACCAGCAAGACAUUGAUGUAGCUAUUCUUCAGGCUUUGCUAAAAGCAUCACUAAGUCAUGACCAACAAGGACAUGGAGACUGGGACCAUCAAUUAAAGCUGGCAGUGGCAUGGAACAGAGUUGACAUUGCAAGAAGUGAAAUUUUCACAGAUGAUCAUCAAUGGAAGCCCUCUGAUCUUCAUCCAGUCAUGACAGCUGCGUUGAUUGGCAAUAAACCUGCGUUUGUAAAGCUGUUUCUGGAGCAUGGUGUGCGUCUUGAAGAAUAUGCUACACAGGAAAAUCUAAUUCAUCUGUACAACAACACAGACCCUUCCUGUUUAUUCCAUAGUAAACUGGCAAAAGUUAUUGAGGAUGAAAGGUUUCGCUUAGAAUUCCUGAAGUCAUCAAAACUUUGUCUUUACCAUGUGUCUCAAGUUCUGCGAGAGCUCUUAGGUGACUUCACAAAACACCUUUAUCCAAAGCCCAAGAGUAUAGAACGACCAAGACUUUGUUUAGCAGUCCCACACAUCAAAAUAAAUGUACAAAAAGUCACCCUUCGUUCUUUCCACAAAAAAUCUCAAGGAAAAUCAUCCUGUACAAUGGAUCCAGUGAGGGAUCUUCUCAUAUGGGCUAUUGUACAAAAUCGUAAGGAACUUGGAGAAAUCAUAUGGUUCCAG